GGCCAAUCGCCCUGCAUGUGUGGAACUGAGUAUCUACCAUCAGGAGUGAGUCACCUGAGAGACUGAAGAGUGUGGACUGUGUGGGUUCUCUCGACAAACUGCGGCCAUUUUACAGUACCAAACAGGUCCUAAAAGGGACUAACAUCUGUAUGACCAGGGGGUAAAUGGGGUGAGAGCGAUUCUCCCUCUCUGUGCACAUAAGCAUCGUGUGAUCACUUCUUUUUCAAUGAAUCACCAGAAUCUGCCUACAGCAUGAAAAGCUGGAGCAGGAAACUCAGGAGUCAAGAGCCUGACAAAGAGGCCGGGUCCUCCUCUAGCAAGAGGAAUUCCAUUUGUGAUCCACCAGUGCCUAUAUGGGUGACUCACACACCCACACCAGAUAAUAUCACAGAUGAUGAUGACGACGAUGAAGCUAUCUCUAUGGACCGCACAUCCAGCUCGCCUCCUCAUGCAGAGAAGGACAAAAAAGGGAGUAUGAAGGACAGGCUUAAGUCCCUUCUCCCUCUCUCAUGGGGGGGCUUUUCACACAAACAGACAGGGAAAAGUGACAGUUUAAAUGACUCUGAGGGCAGCACCAAAGGGAUCCAGAUCCUUCCUAAUGGAACCAGGGUUAGCCCUCCUGUAAGCCCCCUGCUGGAGCGCAGAAACUGGGCUGAAUCACUUGGCGGCUCCAGCCAGAACUCCCAUAAGCCUUUGCUAAGGGAAAGCCCCUCUGAUGAUCUGUUCAAUCAGGGCCUCAGAGAGGAAUCCCUUUUAACCAGUAUCCACCCUGCAGAGUACUAUGCUGAAAAACUGGAAGUCUACAACCAAAAGUACUCUUAUUUAAAGUCCUGGCCAGGGCUGCUCAGACUUCUUGCAGGACUUCAGCUCUUAUUCGGGGGAAUGGUGUUCGCCUGCAUCAUAUCCUACGUUCAUAAAGAUAGUGAGUGGUCUAACACAUAUGGACUCUAUAAUGGUGCUUAUAACAAUGGGCUAGGCCUGUCCGGGUACACUUACACAGGCCCUAUGACUCCUUUUAUACUGGCAGUAGCUGGACUCUCCUGGAUUAUCACCCUAAUUAUUUUAGUGAUGGGAAUGACGAUGUAUUAUCGCACCAUCCUCCUCGACGCCCCCUGGUGGCCGGUGACAGAGGCUCUCAUCAACGUGGCCCUGUUCCUGCUCUACAUGGCAGCAGGGAUUGUCUACCUGAACGACUUGAAUCGCGGUGGGCUGUGCUACAUGACAAUAGGCAUUAACCCUAUACUAGCCAAUCUGUGUAGGGUUGACGGUGGCCAGAUGGCAGGGACUGCUUUCAUCUUCAUCAACAUGGCAAUGUAUCUUGGAAGCUUCGUGGUGUGUUUGAAGAUGUGGAGGCACGAGGCUGCACGCAGGGAGAGGGAGUACUACGAAAAACAGGAGGAUUUACACCAGGCCAUUCCUCUUACCCUUCAGAAACCAAAGCGCAUAUCAUUCAAGGGUGAAAUGAAUAAUUCUCUGAGUAAAGAUAUUAUCAACCAAUCUGUGGUCAACCCAGAGGUCACAGCGUCUGAAUACACGCCCAAAGUCCACAUCCUCGCAGACUACAUCAUAAAAUAUCCAGAGAUCAGAUGUGUGGAGGACAGGGAAAAGUACAAAGCUGUGUUCAAUGACCAAUACCAGGAAUACAAGGACCUCCACAGAGACAUCAGCACCGCCCUCAGUAAGUUCAGUGAGCUGGACACCAUGAUGGAAAAACUCCUCAGAGAUGGAAAAUGCCAAGAGAGUCAGCCAAGGAUUCAAGGCCUUCUGAAGACCUUUCAGCAGAAGAAGAGUGAUCCUGCCUUUCUGGAGAAGAAGGAGCGCUGUGACUAUCUGAAAGCAAAAUUAAGCCACUUAAAAAACAGAAUCCGCACUUUUGACCAGGAAACCAUGAGAAAUAAUUGAAGAGGAAUAUUUGCACCACAUCAGGAUCAGGCACAACCAAUGUGAAAAAAAUAAAUAAAUAAAUUCUGGUCUGACCUAAUGGAUAAUGUUUGUUUUGGCUCAACUGGAGUUUGGAGUUGACAAGAAACUUAAUUUAUAACACAUUUUUUCCCACGACCUACUAUAUUAUAGGGUAAAUUUGCAUUAUCAUAAUUUAAUCAUCCUGUUAAUUCAGUGUUUGUUUUUGUUGUAAGAGCUGCCAGUGAUUGAAUUUUCUACAACAUUUUUGAAAGUCUGUACUGUAAAGUUUUUUUUAAACUAAAUGAAUAGUGUUCUUUUUUUUAUUUUGUGUUUUCUGCAACCACCAAACUGUAAAGGAUUAUUGUAAGGUAAUUUUUUUGUACGUCAUUAAGCCUGAUGAUUUAUUAAGGACACAUUGUCUGUUUAAAUAAAUAUUGUGCACUCAGCUUUAAAUGAAGAUUAAGCUUUGCAGGCUUCAAAUAAAUCUCAUCACUUCAGUGAAGAAUGAGCUGUCGCUGCUCAAACUCUAAAAAGCUCAGUAGGUACUUUUUUUUAUAAUAACCCCAUUAGCUUGGCACUUUGAUUUAUACAAAAUACAAAGAAGUAAUUUUUGUAAUAGAAAAUAAAAGAUGCAUUUUAAUCAC